AUGAAAAACAGAACAUCAAUUACAGAUUUUAUCCUCCUGGGUCUCACAGAUAAUCCAGAACUACAGAUUGUGAUUUUCAUCUUUUUAUUUAUCACAUAUGUACUGAGUGUUGCUGGAAAUCUAACCAUCAUUAUCCUUACCCUGCUGGAUUCCCACCUGAAGACCCCCAUGUAUUUCUUCCUCAGGAAUUUCUCCUUAUUAGAAAUUUCAUUUACUUCUGUCUGUAACCCUAGAUUUUUGAUCAGCAUCAUAACUGGUGACAGAACUAUUUCGUAUAAUGCUUGUGCAAUCCAGUUAUUUUUCUUUAUCUUCCUUGGUUCAACUGAGUUUUUCCUCCUUGCUUCUAUGUCUUAUGAUCGGUAUGUGGCUAUCUGCAAACCUCUACAUUAUACCACCAUCAUGAGUAGCAAGAUCUGCUACCAACUUGUAAUCAGCUCUUGGCUGGCUGGUUUCUUGGUUAUCUUUCCACCAUUGAUCAUAGGCCUAGGGCUGGAUUUCUGUGACUCCAACAUAAUUGACCACUUCACCUGUGACUCUGCACCCUUACUGCAAAUUUCAUGCACAGACACAACGACUCUAGAACUGAUGAGUUUUACUUUAGCUGUAUUUACUCUUUUGUCGACAUUGACAUUAGUAAUUCUUUCCUACACUUACAUCCUUAGAACAAUUCUAAGAAUCCCCUCAGCUCAACAAAGAAAAAAGGCCUUUUCAACCUGUUCCUCCCAUAUGAUUGUUGUAUCAAUAUCUUAUGGAAGCUGCAUCUUCAUGUAUGUGAAAACAUCAGCAAAAGAAGGUGUUGCUUUGACAAAAGGGAUAGCUAUUUUAAAUACCUCUGUAGCUCCUAUGUUGAACCCAUUUAUUUAUACUUUAAGAAAUCAGCAGGUGAAACAAGCAUUUAAAGACAUUAUAAAAAAAACGCUUUACUCAAAAACAGUAAUCUGA